AUGCCUGUCAAAGAAAUAAACGAUGGUGAUUUGAAAAAAGAGUUAGAAAAAGCCGGUGAUAAACUCGUGCUCAUCGAUUUCUUUGCUACAUGGUGUGGCCCUUGUAAAAAGGUCGCCCCAAUCAUUGAGAAGCUAAGUGAAUCUUAUCCGAACGCUGUUUUUCUUAAAGUGGAUGUUGAUCAAUGUGAAACUGAAGCUCGUCAAUAUGAAAUCAGUGCAAUGCCAACAUUUGUAUUCAUUCGUAGUUCAAAAGAAUUAGAACGUAUUCGUGGUGCUGACGUAGAUGCGAUUGAGAAAACGCUUACUAAACAUUACAAAGCAACAACAGCAUUUGGAGGUGAAGGUCAUUCUAUGUUAGAAACCAGUACAGCAACUGCGGCCGUAACGACUGAAACCGAUCGUGAACGUUUAGAAAAAGCAGCACAAGAACUGUUCGGCAAACCAAGCCAAGAACAAACGAUGACAACGCUUCGUCUUCGUUUGCCUGAUAUAUCAACUCCUGUUAAUAUUCGAUUGAGCACAGAUCGAACAUUAAACGAAGUUCGUCAUUUGCUUUGUAGUACAAUAAGUUCGUUUGAAACGAAUCCGUUCGAAUUUAUGGAACCGCCCGCGACGAAAAUUAAACUCGAAGAUGAAUCAAAGACAAUCAAUGAAGCAAAAUUAAUGAAUGCAGUCUUAACAGUUAAAAAAGUUUCAGUAUAA